AUGAAUGUUACACCAGAAUAUUCUAUGGCUACACAAGCAAAAAUCCCAUGUGCAAUUGCUGCUUUGCACAACUUCAUUUGUAUUCAUGAUCCCAAUGACUAUGUAGAUGAUGGUCCUGGAUCUAGUGGCCCCUGUAACGAGACAUGGACACUUUUGGAGAUAGAUGGGGAUGAACGUCACGAGUUCCCUGAAGAGGAUCUUGGUUACUAUGUAAGCAGUGAAGAACAAGAUCAAGCUGCAGCACUCAGGGAUAGAGUUGUAGAAGAGAUGUGGAAUCAGUAUGUAAAUGAAGGAGAUAAUGGUGAUUAG